AUGUACAAAGACUCGAAACCAGAAAGAAAGAGAAAGAAGAAUGCACAUCAGUAUAAUUCUGAUGCUUCAUCUCCAGUGCAGACAAGAAAUGAAGAGGAACAACCAUCCUACUUUGGUGUAGCUGAACAUGCUCUUUCCACAGAUUCUGCUGUGAGCUUCCAUCUCAUUGAAAUUAAAGAGGAGGUAUUGGAGACUGAUUCUUAUGAUAUUGACAAUGUGGUUCCUGCUGUGAACAUUUCUGCCUCGAGCUCCGUGUCAGAUGCUGAUUGCUUAGUAGCUCAAGGGUCUGAAGAGAUCCAGCGAGAUGAGCCCGAGAUUGGAGAAUCAGUGUCAAUGAGAGGUAACAUGAGUGACUGUUCCACUGAUGAAGUUUUUAUCCCUGAAAGUCAUAAUUUAGGCAAGGAUGCAAUGGAAAUAUAUUCAUGCAUGAAAGAGAUGGAUUCGUCCGAUAACAGAAGCCCUGAAGUAGCUUGCACUGUCAGGUCAGAGACUCUGCAGGCUGAGUCCUUUGGUGAGCAUGACCCUGUUACGGUUUCUGAUUGUUCUGCCUCUGAUUUGCUCGCCGAAUGCCAUUUUCCUGACAAUAUGUGGGAUUGCUUGAAUAAUGGAUGUGAUAUGGGAGAUAGACGACGACCAACGUUUGCUGACAUAUCCCAAUAUUCUUCUCUUGGUGAGGUUUCAGUCCCAGAUCUCUCACUUGGCCAUAUCUCUCUACUGGAGAGUGCAGGAAUGAAUUCUGAUGCAGGUAGCAGCGAAUUUCCCCCUCUAACAGGCAGCCUUGGUCCUGCCUCUACAACUGAGGAUCGAAGUGUGCAAGCGACCGACAGCAUCGAAAAUCCCAUUGCCAUCCAAGUGACUUCUGAGACUUCUGAGGCUUCUGGGUCAAAGGAGCACAACAGUGGUGCAGAUUGUCACACAGAGGAAACAUGCGGUGAAGCAGUUAUCUCAUUUGGUCCCUGUGCUUUCAAUACACAAUGGGAUUUUGUUGACAGUUCUGCAUACGAUGUAGCUUCUGAAACUGUGACAAAAGAUGAUGGCGAAGCUGGCGGUGCCAGCUGUAACGUUCAUGAAGAUAAUGUCCAUGCAGAAGGCGACAUUUCUGAGGGUAUAAAUGGCCAAGUGCUUGAAAGAGAGAUGCCCACCGUUGUCCCUGAAAUAGUACUCAAUCUUCAACCUGGAGAGGAAACUUCUGGAGCUUCUACUCCGAUGUCCUGCAGUACCAGUUGUUUGCAUCCACCUGAUGUUUCUCUGGACGAAACCGACAAGGAAUUGACCACGAAAGAAACAGAACGAUUGUGUCACCUGAGAAGCGAUGAGGUCAACUCUUGCUCUCCUGUUGCCAAGGAGGAUUGGGAGGCUGCGGAAAGUCAAGAUUGCUUUUCUCAGGCUUCUGAUCAACGGUCCACCGUGAGCAGUUUCUUGAGCGUUGACCACUCAGAUCAGGGCGGUGACGUAAUCUUCACCUUUGAAGACGUCAGCGAAGCAUCGACUCCCGUGGCGAUGGUCCUGGAUGUUGGGAAAGUUAGAGACAUGUCUGCUGAAAUCUCUACGGCUGAUGAUCGAAAAACCCAUCAAGAGAGCGAUGAAGAACUCCAUCAUCAGUUAGAACAUCCUCCGAUAAAACUUCUGUCGAAUAGAAAGGUAUUAUUCGCUAUGCCAAAAAGAGUAAUCUUCAUUCUUAUGGGAGCCCCUAAGCCGGCGGCUGAUAGUCAACCAUCAUGCAGGUCCUCUCUCCAACAACUCAAGAAAAGCUGUGCCAGGCAGUGGACGCCGAGGAGCCGGUCAAACCCCCCAGUAAGUUUUCAACUGUUAGGACUCCUAAUCUCUUGCGCUCCCCUUAUUCUCUUCCUGACUUUUGGGUCAAUAUCUUGCAGAGAGCGGGAAGAGGCUCUGGUUUGAGGGAAAGUCAAACGGUUCCCCUCCUCGUGACCCGGUUCUAAGGCUCUCUGGGCUGGUGCCGAGCCCUGAAAGGAUCGGAAUGGCGGCUCCUGGGAAGAGACUCUGGUUUGAAAGAAGGUCAAACUGGGCCACAUCCUCCGAAUGGAUCCACAGGGUUCCUGAUACGACAACGAGCCCCGAGAGGGCGAGUAAGAGGCCGAAGAACGGCUCGGUGGUCCCCACCAAAGGCAUCCUCAAAUCGCCGCCCUCCUGGGCGGUCAACUCCCCCGCACAGAAGCAUACUCAGGAGGCCAUAACCUUCUCUCAGAGGCAGAUGCAGGACAUUGAAUCGCUCGCUUCAAAGCUUCUCAAGGGGCUGAGGUCCAUGAAGGGCAUCGUGGAAGAAGCCCUGAUCUCGGAAGAAUCCUCCUCUGCUGCGUCUUUGAAGGACCAAACGGACAAGGUAACUUUCCAUUUCAAGUAAUAAAUAAAUAAAUAAAAGAACAAAAAAUGCAUUUUUGCUCAUCUCCGAACUUUCUAUAAGAAUAUUUCUUCCUGGAUUUCAUUCAUAUAUAGACUGAUAUUGAUGGGGAAUUUAUAGUUUUUAAAAGGAGUUCUACUUGCCAUGUCUGCGGAUCAUCUUCUCUUCUUGCACGCAUUUUUUAAGCGAUGGCUGUCUCUUCUCGUCUCCUUGGUUCUUGCCGUUGACUUGGACAUCAUAUGAUCUUUCGGAGAACUCAUCCACCCCAGCGGGGGUCUUUCUUCCGAUCAGAUGAGAGCGGCCAUCGACAACGCCUCAGAGCUCGAGGAGACCACCAAGAAAUGGCUGUCCAUGAUGGGGAAGGACUGCAAUCGCUUCUGCAAAAUCCUGGUUAGCUCUCUCUCUCUCUCUCUCUCUCUCUCUCUCUCUCUCGCGAGCUUUCCAUGAUCGGGCGGCUCUUCUUUCUGACCGCAGAGGUCAACCCUCCAGAAGACCCCCAACGGGCUCCGAAAGGAUCGGAAGAAGAUAACCUUUGCAGAUGAAGCCGGGGGCAUGCUCUGCCAUGUCAAGCUUUUUGAAGACAUUGUAUGA